UCCCAAACAGUUCCCAACUGUAGCUAACUCAUUCACAGAGGGUCGGAGCAAUUGAGCUUCAUCAACAAUCUCUCUGAUCUGGCGAUUGGAAGAAACCCUAGGCUAGCAUCCAUGGCAGGGGCGGCCUCGGCGCUCUUCCUUCUGGACAUCAAGGGCCGCGUUCUGGUUUGGAGAGACUUCCGUGGCGAUGUCUCUGCCGUUCAGGCCGAGCGCUUCUUCACCAAGCUCAUCGACAAAGAUGGUGAUCCGGGGUCUCAAGAUCCAGUUGCAUACGAUGAUGGUGUCACCUACUUAUUUGUACAGCACAACAAUGUCUAUCUCAUGACCGCAUCAAGACAGAACUGCAAUGCUGCUAGUCUUCUUCUCUUUCUGCACCGGGUAGUUGAUGUCUUUAAGCAUUAUUUUGAAGAGUUAGAAGAGGAAUCACUUAGAGAUAACUUUGUUGUAGUGUACGAACUACUUGAUGAGAUGAUGGACUUUGGCUACCCUCAAUACACUGAAGCAAAGAUUCUAAGUGAAUUUAUUAAGACCGAUGCUUAUAGGAUGGAAGUGACACAGAGGCCACCUAUGGCUGUGACAAAUGCUGUGUCUUGGCGCAGUGACGGCAUAAAUUAUAAAAAGAAUGAAGUAUUCUUGGAUGUUGUAGAGAGUGUUAAUAUACUUGUCAACACCAAUGGGCAAAUAAUUAGGUCAGAUGUUGUUGGUGCAUUAAAGAUGCGAACUUACUUGAGUGGUAUGCCUGAGUGUAAGCUUGGGCUAAAUGACAGGGUGUUGUUGGAGGCGCAAGGGCGAGCGACGAAGGGAAAGGCCAUUGAUUUGGAUGACAUCAAGUUUCAUCAGUGUGUGCGUUUGGCACGAUUUGAAAAUGAUCGGACAAUAGCCUUUAUACCUCCUGAUGGAUCUUUUGAUCUCAUGACAUAUAGACUCAGUACACAGGUAAAGCCUCUGGUAUGGGUGGAAGCUCACGUUGAAAGGCAUUCUAGAAGUCGUAUGGAGAUUACGGUGAAAGCACGUAGCCAAUUUAAGGAGCGUAGCACUGCUACAAAUGUUGAGAUUGAGUUGCCUGUUCCAGCCGAUGCUACCAACCCAAAUGUUCGGACGUCAUUGGGAUCUGCUUCAUAUGCACCAGAAAAGGAUGCUUUGAUCUGGAAAAUUAAAUCUUUUCCUGGUGGUAAGGAAUAUAUGCUUAGAGCGGAGUUUACUCUUCCCAGUAUAACAUCUGAAGACGCAGCUCCUGAGAGAAAAGCUCCUAUACGUGUGAAGUUUGAGAUACCAUAUUUUACUGUUUCAGGAAUCCAGGUUCGUUACCUAAAGAUUAUCGAGAAAAGCGGCUACCAGGCUCUUCCGUGGGUGAGAUACAUAACCAUGGCCGGCGAGUAUGAACUAAGACUUAUGUGAAAAUCCACUUCCACCUGUUGGUGUUUUCAAUCUCUACAAACUCGCAUGAUUUUGCACUUUUGUGGGCGAAAUGAGCCCUAUAGGAGAGUUAAAUUGCCCCUAUCCAAACAAAUAGCUAAUUGAGCAAAUUCUUGUGUGUCCUUGUAGAAGUUGAUGUUUACUAGCAAAGUUUAUUUAGACUCUUGUGAAAAUCAAGUCAACUUUGGUGAAUUAAAGUUUGUUUGUUCGUGAUAUUUUUUUGAA